AGGUCGGCAAGAUGGCGGCGGCCUCCUCAGGGGAUGAGGUGCCGGACAACGAGGACUAUUACUCGUUGCUGAACGUGCGGCGGGAGGCCUCUCAGGAAGAGCUGAAAGCCGCCUAUCGCAGGCUGUGCAUGUUGUACCAUCCAGACAAGCACAGAGACCCAGAGCUUAAAAGGCAGGCCGAGCAGCUUUUUAACCUUCUUCAUCAGGCUUAUGAAGUGCUUAGUGACCCACAAACCAGAGCCAUCUAUGACAUAUAUGGGAAGAGAGGCCUCGAAAUGGAAGGAUGGGAGGUGGUGGAGAGGAGGAGGACGCCUGCCGAGAUCCGGGAGGAAUUUGAGCGUUUGCAGAGAGAGAGGGAAGAGAGAAGGCUUCAGCAGCGGACUAACCCCAAGGGGACAAUUAGUGUUGGAAUAGAUGCCACUGACCUCUUUGAUCGCUAUGAUGAAGAUUAUGAAGAUGUGCCCGGGAGCAGUUUUCCCCAGAUUGAAAUUAACAAAAUGCACAUAUCCCAGUCCAUUGAGGCUCCGCUUACUGCCAUGGACACAGCGGUCCUGUCGGGAAACCUCUCCACGCAGAACGGGAAUGGAGGUGGCUCUGUGAACUUGGCUCUUCGGCGGGUGAUGUCUGCCAAAGGUUGGGGAGAGCUGGAGUUUGGAGCUGGAGACCUGCAGGGCCCCGUGUUUGGUCUGAAAGUAUUUCGGAAUCUCACACAAAGAUGCUUCAUCACAACAAACUUUGCGCUACAGUUCUCCUCCCGCGGGCUGCGGCCAGGCCUUACAACCGUCUUGGCACGGCACCUGGACAAGAACACUAUGGGGUACUUGCAGUGGCGCUGGGGCAUCCAGUCAGCAAUGAAUACAAGUGUUGUCCGGGACACAAAAACCAGCCACUUCACAAUGGCAUUUCAGCUGGGCAUCCCUCACUCCUUCAUGAUGGUCAGUUACCAGCAUAAGUUUCAGGACGAGGAGCAGACACGGGUGAAAGGAUCUCUCAAGGCUGGCUUCUUUGGGACCAUUGUGGAAUAUGGAGCAGAGCGGAAGAUCUCCAGGCACAGUAUCCUCGGAGCCACUGUAAGCAUUGGCGUCCCCCAGGGAGUGUCUUUGAAAAUCAAGCUGAACAGGGCCAGCCAGACUUACUUCUUCCCUAUUCACUUGACGGACCAGUUGCUCCCCAGUGCGGUCUUCUAUGCCACCGUGGGACCCCUUGUUGUCUACUUUGCCAUGCACAGGCUCAUCAUCAAACCCUAUCUCAGGGCUGAGAAGGAUAAAGAGCUGGAGAAACAACAGGAGAACACUGCCAGCGAUAUUCAAAAGAAGAAGCAGGAAGCGGAAGCGGCCGUGCGGUUGAUGCAGGAAUCUGUCCGAAGGAUAAUCGAGGCGGAAGAAGCAAGAAUGGGCCUGAUCGUGGUGAAUGCGUGGUAUGGGAAGUUUGUCAAUGACCAGAGCAGGAAGAAUGAGAAGGUGAAGGUCAUAGAUGUGACGGUGCCCUUGCAGUGCCUGGUGAAGGACUCCAAGCUCAUCCUCACAGAAGCGUCCAAGGCUGGUCUGCCUGGGUUCUACGACCCUUGCGUCGGGGAGGAGAAGAGUCUGAAAGUGCUGUACCAGUUCCGAGGAGUUUUGCACCAAGUGAUGUCAGCCGACAACGAGGCCCUUAGGAUACCAAAGCAAUCUCACCGGAUAGACACGGAUGGCUAAUUUGGUGGUGAAGCAGGGAAGGUGCCAGAUUCUGUUCUGGGGGUCAACAGAAACUGUGCCAUCCUUCCUCCCUGGAUUUGGCAUGUCUUCAGGCCAUCGGAGACGCUUCUUAUUUUAUGAUCUUCAUAGAAAGGCUGGGUUUUACACCAAUUACGUUACGGGACAAAUGAGACGAAGCGACUUUUGUACGAGAGCAAAACCUGGGUACUGUGGGGCCGAUACAGCCAGCAUGCGGCAGUGUUUCCUGUUUUGCCAUUCCCCAGGUGCCGGAGGGGGGGGAAUGGAGUGUAGGAGCUCCCCACCCCCCCACCAGGACCCUGUUAUCUCCAGGCAGGGGAACAUUGGGGAAGGAAGGGAGUGGGCGAGGUAGAAAUAACAGUUCUUACUUGCAGAGAGCGGGCUUCUUAAAAUGAAGAAUACGGUGAGGUUUAAUGAAUAACUGCCUUGGUCCAUCUCUUCUCUGCUUCUGGAGGGGAAAACUUGUGUAUGCUCAGUGAGGCAAAGACUGUGUGGUUGUUCACAUCUCUUCUGAAAUCAAAACACACUUUGGAUAUUCAGCAGUCAAAUGUUUAAUGGAAACGAGUCCUGACCACACUGUUAACUUUAGCAGUUGAUCAUGCCAAGUUGGGAGUGCAGGGGACACAGUGGAUAAGCACAGCACCCCCGCUACAUUGCCUGUGGUCCCAACAGAGUGUUCAAAAGAACUGCCCUUCCUUUGGUUACACCAGCCACACACAGUUUCUUCUUAAUUGUCAAGCUAGUAAAAGGGUGGGUGGUGGGGAAUGGGAGAGGAGACCAAAUGGAUACAAACCAGUGUGCCAAAUGAGAGCAAACCUCUACGCAACAGGUAGCCAGCCCCCGUGAUGCUGGGGUGUGUUGUGUGUGUUAAUCUUUCUUCCAGACAGGGGCUGCUGUUGUGCCACUGCAAGCAGCCGCAUCGUCUGUUUUUGCAGCCCCUGUGCAAAAGGAACAGCAGCCAGGGCCACUGACAUUCAAACUUGCUCUUUGUCAGUCCUUGGAGCACCUGCUUUUAUUUUUAUGCAAGCUCUCCCAAAGCCGGUGUGUCUAAACUGAAACGAGCAUUGUAGCAACUGAUCAUCCUUGAAGUACACACGCUCAUGAUACUCUCCUUCUCCUUGCAGUUCUUUCGUGUCAUCGCUGAUCUCGUUUUUGUGGGCCCACAUUCGAAUCCCCCCGCCCUGAGUAAGCCAUAGCCUUUACCUUGAGCAAAACAGUCAGAGAUUCCAAGGAAUCCUAGACAUGGCCUGCCAUGCCCCUGCUUGCUUUGUACUCAAAAUCACGUCUGGUUCAUAUUCUUUUUAUGAGAGAAAUAUCUUCAUCUCCUCCAUAGCUGGCCUUUAUGAAGCCAGAAAUGCUGUUCCCUUUCUGUUUUUCUAUUUAACUCACAGUCGUGAGAGUUCCCACCCCUCCAAUCUACAAGUGGAUUGUUCCAAUAUCUUUUAAAGCUUCUGGAAGAAGAAAUAAAAUGCAUGGUCAUAAAAGUAGGAAACCGGCGGAGGAGUAAACGACCAUGUUUUUAAUCUAACACCUGGCUCGGAAGGGGUUCCUACAGGUACAUUGGCUAUGCACAAAGAACAUUCAGGGACAAAUGCCUCUGCAGUGAGCGUCUUCCUUCCUUUCUCCCCCCUCUUCUGUGACUGGGAACUUUGCAAUGCGCAUGACACAGCUGCUGAGGUUGGAGCCUCUGGUUUCUACUGUAACACAUAAGGACAAUAAAAUCAACCCACUCUGUGGUA